GAAGAGCAGAAACGGAUACUGGAACAGAAUGAAAAAAUCAAGACACAGAUCGAUGCUUCGAUCAGUAUGGCACGAUCGAAGGUACAUUCUUGGUUAGGUUCAUCGUCGUUGGGAGAUGCAUCAGGUGACGAUGAGGAAGUGAACGAGUCUAUUCUUGCGAGUUAUUCUACUGGAAGACCGGAUAGACUUGGUUUGGGUGCCAAGUUCAUAUCCCACAAGGAAGCCAUGCGACAUCACCAUGGCAGUAGUGAGAAUGACAAGAGUAGUAGUAGUAGUAGUAGUCGAGUGUCCACGAAACAAGAAAUGAUGUUGAAGAACAAGAUAUUGCGUCAGAAUAGUCGAUCCCAUCGAGAU